AUGUGUCGCAAGACCGCCGGCAUCGCCAUCGGCCGCCUCUGCGACAAAUGCGACGGCAAGUGCCCCGUCUGCGACAGCUACGUCCGUCCCACAACCCUCGUCCGCAUCUGCGACGAAUGCUCUUUCGGAAACUACCAGAACAAAUGCGUCGUCUGCGGUGGCGAGGUAAGAACAUGCUUUCUUGCUCUUUUGUCUGUUGGUCACGUUGCUGACAUGUCAUCCCAGGGCAUCUCCGACGCCUUCUACUGCUUCGAAUGCACACGUCUGGAAAAGGACAGAGAUGGCUGCCCCAAGAUUAUAAAUCUGGGUAGUUCGAGGACCGAUCUGUUUUACCAGAAAAAGAAUUUCCGGAAUCAUUAG